CUAUGUUUUUCGACCGGCAAUAACAAUAAUAAAAACAAUCGGAUUCAUUAUUAAAUAUUAUUAUGAACGAUAUUAAAAGCUUGAAGGACCAGCAGCGAGAGAAGCAUCCUGGUUUUGACGGCUACCUCGACUGCAUGACACGCUCCCUUUUUACAGGCCUAGCUGCAUUUUGCUUAAGCUUUUCUGGCACUUAUUUUGCACAGAAAAUUGUACAGUCCCGAAUAAGGUACCCACCCAAGUAUAACAUCCUAGUUUCUUCAUUGGUAGCCACUGGGGUUUCCUACCAGACGACCUCGGAACGCACAAAAUCUUGUCAAGCCAGGUGGAUGGCUUUUGAGGAAAAGCAUUCUGUUCUGGACAAGGAAACAUAUUAA